AGUGAAGCCGUAGCUUAAUGCUCCAAUCAUCACCUUCGUCUUCAUCCACAUGCAAAAAAAAUCCAGCCGACCACUUGAUAAAGUUUAACACUUCACUUCAAAACUCAAAGAUGGUACCGAGACAGUUGUCCAUUUUUUAAAUCCACUAUUAUUCAGAAAAAAAGAGGUAAAGACAAAGGUCAAAGAUAAAAGAGAUAGGUCACAACCUGAGUGGCUCCACUCUCCACUGCAAUGAGCUUUCUCAAAUCCAAAAUCUCCCCCUACUGGUGAGAGUGUAAAAAAUAAAGGGGGCAAUUAAAGGUACAAUACAACAAUAAUAGUGCCCCUAUCUUAACAGAUAUCUUGACUGAUGGCAUUGUAAACUUUGCCUGUGAGUGUGAAUGAAAAGAAACAGAAUAACAACAAAAAUAUGUUAAAGUCAUUGCUGGCAUAACUAUAAUACUAACUCAGUAUGUUAAGGUUCUCUUUGAUUUUUACAAGUUCAAUUGUUGUCGAUGCAAAAGAAACAGUUUCAGAGGAGCAAACAUUUAGUUUAUUCUCUUUGUUGGCGGACAAUGACACCUUUCUUACUGCUUUCCAGUAAAGAGGAAAGUGUGUUCCUCUUUUUAUUUCCCGGUGCAUCAUGUAAAUAUAUUGUUGUCAUCAACAUAUCCUUUCUUGACUAUGAUAAACAUCUUGGACUUCAGUAUUUUAAUAUUCAAAUGCUGAUGUCACGUGAAGGCGGCUCAAAGAGAGCAUCUACCUGGGGGACAUUUUAGUCUUCAUCAGCACACAAGUAGAGACACCAGAGUGAAGCGGCUGAGAGGAGGACAGAAGAUCACACUGAAAUAUUAGUUUCAUCUAACAGAGCAAAGAUGCAGUGGAGUCUGUUUCUGCUCCUUCUGAUGGGUCAGUGUUCCUUCUUCAUGUGUCACCUCCAUGAGUACCACUUUGUUAAAGAGAAGAAGACCUGGACUGAAGCCCAGAAGUACUGCAGAGAGCAUCACACUGACCUGGCCACAGUGUCUAACAUGACAGACAUGAAGAGACUCCCUGACUCUGCACGGAAUCAAGAUGGAGCCUGGAUUGGACUUUACAGCGACCCCAAAAGAAAUGAGAGAGGGUUGUGGCACUGGCAGUGGUCUCUGCCAGGGCUGGAGUCCAGUUAUAGGGAGAGUAGAUGGCAGAGAGGAGAGCCGAAUGAUUACUUUUCUAAAAAUGAGAAAUGUGUGUGGAUGAAGAAUCACAAAUGGAACGAUGCCAGUUGUUCUGAAAAUCAUACAUUUAUCUGUUAUGAUGCCCCUUGUUUACAAGCCGCGUUCAUGUACGUUCAUGUGAAUCCGCCCCCCUCUCGGAGCCCUUGGCCCUCCCUCCCUAUAAAAGGCUACAGCCAGUCAGCAAUGGCAGCGCGUAUUUUCGAAGUAAAAUGGCAGAGAGCGGAACGAAACGUUCACCUGAAGACGACCAGGAUCUGACAUUACCUCUAAAGAAACAACGGUCGUUGGCAAAGAAGUUGUCAGAUAAAGAAAGGGACAGAACUCGGAUUAACAUUGGCCUUGCAUUUCCAAGGUGGAGAGCACUGCGAGAGCUAAAGGGAUUACAAUUUGACUCAGAGAGACUCUUCUUCUCCUGGACAGGUAACAUUAAGUAACAACAUAAAGUCAAAUGUCUGUUUUAAUUAGUGUUACAGUAACAUUAGGCACAUGU